UUUUUCUUCAAAUUCCAUUAAUGACUCAUUACUAAAUAUGUAAGGCCAUGCAAAUGCUGCUCAGGACGGGUGACAUUUUAAUUUCUAUGGUGUCAACUCUGUUGGAGCAGCAAUUUCUUUCUUUCGUUGCAUGUCCUAGACAAAUCGUCUGAUAUAGCCUAUCUGUUCUAACAAUCCCAAAAUUGAUGAGACAAAAAAUCUGAAACUAAGUUUACUAUGAAAUUAGUCUUUUAUUUAAAUUGGUGGUCUGUUCCUUUAAGAGAUGCACAGUUGACACAUGGAUAACUUCCGACAUAACAAGCAUAUUUUGACCUCACUGACCACAUACAAGAGUUCAUUCAAACACUUUUACGGACUUCAACAGGACUUAACUUCCAAACCCUGAGACGGAGAUCAGUGCUUUCUCAUUUAAUUUUUUCACUGUAUAUGUUGCCCGGUGGCCCCUCGUAAUGGUAUUACGCCGGAGCAGCUGUUUCGUUACUUCAGUGUCCCUCGUAGUUUUUUUCUCCUUGAUGGCUCCGGGUCAGUCGGGCUGUCGGGAUUCGGGUUUGUGCUGCACCGGCCGGGACCCGUCCUGUGUCAGUAGAGGAUGGAGGUCUGACCGCUCCUACGGGACCUGUUACUGCGACCAGACCUGCGUGUCCACCAUGGACUGCUGCAACGACUAUGAGACAGCCUGUCCAGCUGUGUCCUGCGUGGUGAGUGAGUGGACUCAGUGGUCAGGCUGUGCCGAGCCAUGCAAGGCUACAGUCCGCAGGAGGAGCAGGAGGAUUCUGCAGGAGCCGCAUAAUGCAGGCAAACCCUGUCCUCACCUGGAGGAGCACGCCGGCUGUGCAGAGUACUGGACGCAUGAUGGGCACUGUCACAAUUCAUUGGUGCCAGCUCUUAUUAUAAGCGGUGGGUAUGGCAACGCAAGGAAGAAACGAGACAUCCCGGACAGCAGUGACAUUAUUGGGUAUUGUGUCCAGUUUCAGUUGACCUCUCUGACAAAAGGGUGCAAUCAGAGUGCAGACCCACACACACAGUGGAUGCAGGACCUGAGGGAGGGACACCGUGUGUGCGUGGAGUGCCAGCCUCCUGCUCUCACUUCUGGACAGACACACUGUGCUGGAGACGGAGAGGAAGACGAAGGAGACAGGAGUCGGUCUCUCCAGUGGCAGGCAGUGGGAAACCCUCGUUGCAGGGGAGCGUGGAGGCGUGUGGGGAGGGUGGAGGUGUGUUCUUGCCCGACAGCCCACAGCUUCCUCUUCAUCUAACCUCCUCCUUCCUUCUGUAAGCCUCCCUCUUGUACACGCUGACUCACCCGCAUGCACAAGGAACAAUCUGUAGGCAUGGUUUGAUACCAGACAGAUUUCUGGAUAUUUUCAGUAAAACAGUGACUGCAUGCUGAAGAAAACAGUGUUUCACAAUCAAAUUAUAGCCUAGCUUUUCUUAAUGCACAGAAAAACCCGUCAAGAACAAAUCUUCAUGUUUUGGUUUGCAUGAAAACUGCAGGCUGAUGAUCAAACAGUAAAAUGAAAGUCAGAAAUUCCUAAUCAAAAUGUAAAGUGAUCUGAUUUAUUUAAUUUUGAGUCAUUCAAGGGAAAUUUCGCUUUCAUAAGAAAUAGAAAUAUCUUGGGACAUUGAGACACUUUUUUUACAUGACAAGAACUGGCUCUACUGGUGUGAAUCACAACCAGUCACAACGCCAAAGUUACAACAUGCACUGAACAACAGAACAUUUAUACAGAAACAACAGCAUAGAAAGUCAACAGGUAAAAAUGUGUGUUUUUUUUUUUACAAAACAGACAGCCUCGGGACCUACAAACAACAUUGUAUAAGAGCUGGCUAAGGUCGUUCAAAGAUCUUUUUUUCAAUUCCCUGGAAACAGUGUACUUUACAAAGACUGAUGGCUUAGGCAAGGUUGGGGUCGAUUCCACUGAGAGCUUAAAGCGUAGAAAAAAUAGAGUUUGUUUUAAAUGGGUACUAGGUUUUAAUUUAUCUCAUGCUGUAAUACUCCUUCCUUUCAUAGUGUAUUGUGUGAUGUGUUUUACUCCAUCAAGGCAUCCUGAAUGGACCCCAACCCUGUAAUACAGUAUUAGAUUCAGAGUAUUUAAAAGGGCUACUUGCUGAAGCAGUGCUUCCCACUGGACACUACCUUGAAUGGAGUCCUGUGGGGUUGUAGCAAAAAUAAAAAAGACCUCAACCUCUUUACUGAUAAAUUUAGCAGCUAGCAAGGUAACCAAAUUCUAUUUUGGGUUUCAAUGAAAUGCCCUUACUGUACAGUUGAGAGGUUUCAGAAUCUGUGCUCUUUAUCUUUGUUUGUAUUAAUAAAGGGGUAAUGUAAGAAGCCACUUGAUCGUUUUUCUUUCUUAAAGCAUGAUGAUACACAUCACAAUUUUUAUAUUUAGUGAAAAAAAAAGCUGUUUUAAACUAUGAAAUAUUCUUAAUUUAAAUGGCUCACUUAUACGUGAAGGUGAUAAAGCGCCAAAAUAAAAUAAAAAUAAGGACAAAUUGAAAGAAUAAAACAUGUAUGUUGUAUUAUGGUGGAAUCAUGUCACAGUAUCACAGUCUAGGUGUCAAAUUGCACACCAUGCUGUUGUGUUUUUUUUUUAACUUCAUUGUGUAUUAGCUUAAUAGUGUCAUUACUGGUGUAGAGAUUUUAAUCCUUUUUUUGUGUGUGUGUUUGUAUACACUUGUGUAGAAUUUCCCCAUAGCAAAGCUUAGUUUCCAACAGUAGUGCUUGCUGUCUUUUCAUGGAAUAUUGAUUGUCAUUGUUGCUUAGAGACGUUUGAGUGGAAUAUGCUCCCUGACUACCAGAAAAACUUAAAUCAUAAAAGGUUUUGUGUAGAAAAUAAAACAUAUCAUUUUUUAAAAAUAAUGUCAUGCUAGUCUGUCUUCAUAUUUGUUUCUUCAGAGCUUCAAAAAAAUCUCAUCAACAUUUUUUAAAGUCACUGUGAGGAGUUUUUAGCUGAUUUUGAAAUAUUGUCACUCUUAUACUGAUGUCUUUAUAUGACCUACAUCGUAAAAUGAGAUUAUCAGUUGCUAUUCGGCUCUCCCCCAGAAGUGGCUCUGUUUUGAACUCAGCUGGUAUAGUUUGGCAGUGAGCAAGCAGGAGGAGGUUUCUUUUUUUCUUCUGUGGAUAAUUUUCUUUUUUCAUAAUAUUUUGAACUCAUGGCUGAUACUGGAGCCGAUUAAGCAAAAAGACAUUUUUUUUGUUAAAGUACUGUUUCAUACAGUGAAAAUCUACAACUAGAGCUUUGCUAGGUUAAACAGCAAACUUGUUAUGACCGUGAUUUUAUGUUGAUGCCGGCGUGUGAGUGUCUCAUUUCUCUUUGAGGACAAGAGAGUAGACGGGUAACAUCAAAUUGUCUUGUCACCUUUUGUAAGCCAACUAACGGCGAUACAUCAGAGUUUUUCUUUUUCCUGCUGCAGUUAAUAGUUUUAAGUAGAUCUAAAUCAAUACAUUACCUCAUUGCUCUUCAUCCUGUUAAAAGUUGUCUCAAACAAUAAAAUAUAUAUAAUAAAAGAUGGUCUGUAUUCAAUUUAUUUGCUUCCACAACAAAAAAAGCAUGCUUUGGUUAAAGCCACAUCUUUACAACAAUGGGUGAUGGUGCUCAUGGGAGGUGCAGUCUUCAUCCCAGAAAAACAGAACCAAUUUCCAAAGAGGUCACCAGACUCCAUACAACAUGAAAACUCCUCACAGUGCCUUUUAGGUAAAAGAUUUUGAAAUUGUGUUGUUGUCUGGCAUUCACUGGCCUUGACUUUUCAUUCUAUAAAGCUAGAUGUAGAUGUGCAAUUCAAAGUUAAUCAGGAACAAACAUCAGACUGGUUGCCCAUGAAACAAAUGUUUUUCUUCCAGUGACUGAUGUCCGAGAAAAAAAAAAUAAAGGAAAAAUUUUAAUGGAAUAAGCUCUCAUGGUUGUGAAGCUUUCCCAACUAAUCUGUACCAUACAUACCUCCUGACAUGAGAUUCAUACAAUUUGAUUGUGGCAAGAAUUUAUUAAGGCAGCGAUUACCAAACUGGGAGGGCUCCAGUUAUGAUGAGGGCGCUUGGCAAGGCUUAAUGACAACGGUUCAGUAUCACACACUGAAUUCUAUAUUUUUUUUGCAGAUAAUGUUCCAAGUAAAUCUAAAGAUGCAGGUAUUUCUUAGGAAUGUAUGCGUCUGGUAGUGUGUUUUAAUUUAAAUCAGCUAGGUUUAUGUGUUGAAGUGUAUGGUGAGGAGGGGGGGGGGGGCUGAAAUACUUUCACAGACUUCAGCCUUCAGAAAAAGUUUGGGAACCACUGGAUAAAAGGAAGAACCGAAUGAGCAGCAAUUCAAAGCAGGUAUGGGGUAUGACUAACUAAAGAAAAUAAUUCAAAUUGAAAUCCCAUCUGAAACUGUCAAGUCUCAUCCUAUGGGACAUUUUGUCUUCCCUUAAAUAAAAAAACUUUGAUUUUGGAACACUUCUUUGCUGAUGAUACCCCAGCGUAUGUUUCAAAAUCUGUUUAAGUGUGAUUGUUUUCCUUUUUUGCUGUACAUAUGCAACAGAGGUAAAUGAUAAAAAGUGUCACUUGAAUACAAAAUAAAAAAAGGAACGCUGUUUUAGAUAAUGUAUUUAGAGGCUGAGAUUAUGGUGCUGCAUAAAAUUAAUUUGUCACGAGCUGCAACCACCCGUCCAUAUCUAAUUAUGCAUGCUGAGAAACAUACAUAGAACACUCCUUCCAUCCCUCUCUUCACAGCUUUAGACAAAGCUGCAUUUCAAAUAUGAAAUGUGUGCAAAAGUAAUCUUGUUUUCUCAUAUGAUCAGAGUCCCCUUGGUGUUACGGGCUGUGUCACUGCUGCAUAUCAGAAUGAGAACAGCAGAUAGAGUAUGGCGCAAACAAAAGCAGGAUUCCCCCGACAUGCAUACAUUCAUGUUGGAAACUGUUCAUUUUUUCUCCAUUUAGCGGCAGCCUUACUGCUCUAAUGCCCUGGAUUCACAGCAGGCACACAUACAGCUACACACACAUGGCUCCCUCUGCCUCUCUCACUGUCAUUGCUAUUCCUUUCACACCUCUGCUGCUCUCACUAUGGAGGAGCAAUAUGAGACGGUUCAACUCUGUGAUUAAAAACAGGAAAUGGAAUCAGGGUUUGUGUGACUCUCAAACACUAAAAAAUGUAUGUCAUCACCUUUUGUUGGCUCUUGAAUUAUACAGUAUAAAUAUUUUGUGACGGGAACCUUUCACAGUUUGGUCAGGUUUCUCUAACAAUUUGUUUUGUUUGCAAUGGCAGUAAUGUUUCUCUUCAUUAGUACGACACCUGCUCUUGAAUCUCAUAACGGCAGUGCAAACAGAUUGAACCUUCAGAUAUUUAAGAUCCAUAUCAUUUGAACAGUAAACAGUAGGUUAAGUCGUCAUACUAAUUAAUCUUGUGUUGCCAAGAUCUAUAUGGAUGUUAAUCUUAUUGUAAGGUUAUAGUUCUCAAAGGUUGGAUAAUGACAAAGACCAGUUUUAUUAUGCUUCUUCAGAUGAUGAAGCAUCUGUUGCUCUAUAUUCUAUGUGAAGCAUUUGGUCAGUCUUGUAAUAUGUCCUUUUAAUACUGGAGCUAAUUCAUUAUGAAAGACUGUUUCAUCUGCUAAGUGCUUAUGUAAACAA